AGAGCCAAAAGGUCAAAGUUCAACACUGAAACGGAAAGUGUCGCGGGUUUGCGAAAGCCGACGUUCUAUUGACACAUCUCGUUGAAAGAGGAAAAACAAAACAAAUCGGCAAAAUGAGAGACGUUUUAUCGAAAAGUUUUGUGCUCACGGCUCUAAGCUUUGCCCUGGCUCGGGUUUAUUCGUACCUCGCUGGAGAUGCCCCGGUUACAGCGAGAAGAAUACCUUCGAUUGCGGCAUAUUUUGGCACGAAAGGCCGAUACGAAGAAGUGAAUCCUCAUCUUAUCGACAACAUUUUGGCCGUGAACAAGUUGCUCCUGAAGCCACCGUCUGCUGACUGCACUGCGGUCCACCUCACCGCCAUCGUUCGGCACGGCACAAGGUUCCCGACUAAAAAAAACGUGAAAAAGAUGAUGGAGCUCCACAAGCUCAUAAAGGCAGAAGCCAGCAGCCCCGAACGGUGGUUGGAAGACAUUAAAAACAAAUGGGCAAUGUGGUACACUGAGGACAUGGACGGACAGAUCGUGGACAAAGGCCGAGAUGAUCACAAACACUUGGCAGUAAGACUAGCUAACUACUUUCCAUCCUUACUAUCUGAGGAAAACCUCAGGAACAACCGAGUCAAAUUCAUAACCAGCUCCAAACACAGGUGUGUGGAGAGCGUCAUCGCCUUUCAGCAAGGCCUCUUCACUCACCACGGAAUCAAAGAUGUGGAUUUCAGCCAUGAAGUCAAGGAUGACCUGAUGCGAUUCUUUGAUCACUGCAGAAGGUUUGUUGAAGAUGUCGAAAAUAACAGGACGGCCCUCAUGGAGGUGGACCUGUUCAAAUCUUCAGCAGAGAUGAAACGGGUCCAGGAGAAGAUAGCUGAUCGUCUGGACGUUCCAUACAGUCGCAUCACAACAGAUUCUGUCGAGGCUGCAUUUUUCCUCUGCGCUUACGAGUUUGCCAUUAAGUCUGAGAACUCUCCAUGGUGCGAGCUCAUUGAUGAAACAGAUGCCCUGGUGCUGGAAUAUAAAAAUGACCUGAAGCAGUACUGGAAGAGGGGUUAUGGCCAUGACAUUAACCGCAAAUCCAGCUGCACUCUCUUUCACGACAUUUUCAGGCGUCUCAGUGAGGCUGUUAACGAACUCAGGACAGGUCAUGUGACUGAAGUUGCCACUGUUCAGGUGGGUCAUGCAGAGACCCUCCUGCCCCUGCUCACACUUAUGGGCUUCUUCAAGGACGAAACGCCCUUGACCUCCUCCAACUUUCCAGAGCAAGAGAGGCGCACCUUCCGCACGAGCCACACGGUGCCAUACGCCGCCAACCUCGUCUUCGUGCUCUACAAGUGCCCCGAGGGGCCGAGGCUGCAGCUGCUGCUCAACGAGAAGCCCCUGGCUUUGCCCAACAUCAGUGACCCCGUGCCGCUGUACGACAUUGUCCAGGAGCACUACAGGGACCUGCUGCAGGGAUGUAACUUCCAGACGGAGUGCGAGCUGAAGGCGUCCACCUGCAGCAAGUGCUCGGAGCUUUAAGGGGCCCCAAGGCCCAGGCUUUUGAACCACGACAGGAACCACUAAACCACGAGUGCAGUGCUGUGGAACAUGUAGCAACAUCCGUGACUCAGCCGUACAAACAAGGGGACUAACAAUACAUGCAGUCAUGCAGUUUUUUCUUUUUUUGCCUCUUGCUGUCUCAUGUUUCAAGCUUUAAGAUGUUUUCAGCUCUUUCCUCAGGUGCGAAAGAGGAAAAUCUCACACAUUUCUGACUAUAUUUAAUGCAGUGUAUUGUCUUGCUACCGCAUUUACUUGAGUUUGUACCACUCUUGUACUGACUACACCAUGUUUUAGGUUAGACUUACAGGACAUUGUGAUGCUGCUCGUGAGCAUUUAUUCUUUUUU